ACCCCGCAAAAUUUGCCCCCUAAUCUACAACUUCACUUGUCCUUUCCUUAAAAUAGUUGAUUCCUGGUACUUUAAAAACUCAAUAACUUCUCCUCUCUCAGCUCCAAAACAUGUUAAAUCACUUGGACAACCUCUUCACAGGUUACCAAGAAAUGAAGUUCCGGAUAGAGCUGAAGUGAUAGUCUGAGCAGGUGUGGAAAAGGGUUCUUGAAUUCACCUCAAGAAAUUCAAUUUGUGGUAUGAUUUUCGCAGGCUCUUUUCAGUUUCUUUUACUGUGUUUACUUACAGUUGAAAAGGGUGCUUAAAGAUCCGAUUUUUACUGCAAAUAGAGCCCACGAAAGGGUGCUAGUGAAGAAAGAUCCAGUGGUUUUCUUGAAUGUAGUGAAAAAUGAGGGAUUUUCCUUCUUGUUUUGGUGAGAAUGGAGUUCAGGUUGCUGAUGCUUCUUGUUCAAGCUUAGGUGUGAGUAAACCCUCCCAGAAUUCUGUUACCUGCUUGUACAAAUGUAAAUUGCUUGGUAAAUCUUGCUUGAUCAGCAUUGUGUGGAGCAAGAAUUUGAUGGGCCAAUGCCUUAGUGUUGAAAUAGACGAUGCAUCUCAUCAGUGCAUCUGUAAAGUGGAUGUGAAGUCUUCUUUGUUUUCAAAGAGAAAAGGGUCCAGGCCUUUACUGGUGAAUUCAAGUAAAAUUGAAGUGUUUUGGGAUCUCUCUGUGGCGAAAUUCGGAUCCGGGCCGGAGCCUUUGGGGGGCUAUUACGUAGCAGUUGUCUUUAAAGGGGAGAUGUUUCUGCUAGUUGGGGAUCUGAGGAAAGAAGCACUCAAGAAAACUGGAGCAGUUGCUUCAAUUUGCAGUGCAGUCUUGAUUUCCAAGAGGGAACACAUUUCUGGAAAGAGGGUAUAUGGUACUAAGGCACAAUUCUGCGAUAAUGGGCAGAUUCAUGACCUGAGAAUCGAAUGCGAUGCAAAUAGCAACGAUGAUCCAUGCCUCAUGGUUCGUGUCGAUGCAAAAACCGUUAUGCGGAUUAAUCAUCUCCAGUGGAAGUUCCGGGGGAAUUACACAAUCUUGGUCGAUGGGCUGCCGGUGGAAGUGUUCUGGGAUGUGCAUAACUGGUUGUUUGGUCCAAGCUUAGGGAGUGCAGUAUUCAUGUUUCAGACUAGUUUUUCAGCAGACAAGUGUUGGAACA